CGAUCCUGUGGAGCAGCCAUCUCCAGCCUUGCACACGAAUAUUGGCACAUGCCUGUUAUUGUCGAAACAUCGUUGGAAUACAAAUAAAUCGUAAUUCGAGCAACACGGGAGAAAGUGGAGCUUUCAAUAUUUGCUCCUUGACAUCAAAAUACUGAUGAAAAUGAAGUGGUCAAAUGGCCCUUUGUUCUGUGAACAAGUAGGUGAACUCACUCGAGUAUUCUCCCAGUGGAAUGAGUGUGAACAAACUGUGGUUCUGUAUGCUCUCCUUCGUCGCAUUCCUGGAGUUCAAGCAAGAUUUUUAGCACAAGCAGUGCAGCAUUCUUUACACUCUGUCUCUGAAUUGGACACGCAGGAAUUAAAUGCCAAUAAUUCAGGGUUCAUCAACUCUUUGCUCUCAGAAUCAACAGAAGUUGCUAUUAAUCAACUUCUAACACAUUUACCAUUAUUAAGGCCUGGGAAUGUAGAGUGCAAACAAUGCUACUUAGUAGCAAUACCAGAAUUAGUGAGCCACUGUGUCACUACAGGGCAAUAUACUGAACAAAUUCAACAACUCUUAAGUUAUACUCUGAUCCAUCCAGCUAUAACUAGUCAAGAUAGACGUUCUCUGACUCAGUGGCUCCGUCAUCUGGAAGAGCGUGAGGAAUACACUAAUACCACUAUUAGGUGGGAUAAUGCGUGGCAGCGAAAUUCUAAACAACAACAGAACGAUCAAACAAACUUAUUUGGCACGCAACCGGGUACUGCUUUCAAUUUGCAGUUUCCUCCACCUGUAACUCGUCAACGUCGAUCAAAUAGUUUAACACCGCCGGUUGCUCCUCCGCAUCAUUUGGAAGUGGUCGAUCGCGGUAAUAAUGUGAAUUGCACGACCAGACACAAGCCGCGAAGUUUUAGCGUUUCUGGAGAUCAUACGAGCAACCUUAUUGGAUUAGGCCCGUUGAGUCCUCAGAGUUCUUGUGCGAGUAGCGGUAGUGAGGGACGUUUAGACGAAGCUUCUAACCUAUCACUUGCUAGUGGUAUGAGAGAUGUUCCAUCAUGGCUUAAGACUCUACGCCUUCAUAAAUAUAGUUAUCUGUUUGUUACCCUGAGUUACGAAGAAAUGCUUCAAUUAACAGAAGAAGAAUUAGCAGAGAAGGGUGUAACGAAAGGUGCUAGGCACAAAUUAGCUAUUUCCAUCGCAAAACUACAACAACGUUAUACGACGCUUGUAAAUUUAGAAAGAGACUUACUGCAACCGCAGCGUGAUAACACACAGUCAGCAUCAUUUUCACAAGGACCAACAGUACUGGUCAAUACUAUUGACGAGUUGAAAACAAUUUUAGCUACACCCAUGAAACCAAGUCAAGAAAACGAUCCCCAAGACAUACCUGCGCAAUUCACCAAAGUUCUUGGUAAACUAUGUAGCAGAUUGGCAUUGGAUAGCGUGGAUGAUGGCAUUUUGUGCGCUUGUAUUAACAUAUUAGAGAAAGUAUUGCAGCAUGAUUGCUUUACACCAAACCAGAAGGAAAAGGUACAGCAAUGGCGUAGUAGACUUGGAAAUCCACGACCUACUCCAAAGUGGCAACACAAUUAUGGAUACAAUAACCGAAGAUACUGUAACCCACAACAGCACAACAGAAAGCCAAGUUUGAACUUGAGUCACAUUCACAAUACACAUCAGCAAAAUAAUUCUUUUGUGGUUAGCACUCAUAGGAAUAGUAUAUCGACACCGUAUCUGCAAAAUAAUCAGAACCAAAGUAUAAAUCAGAAUAUCUUACGUUCAGUCCACACGACCGAGAAACGACCUAGUUUACAAGAGUCUAGCUUGCAGCAGUUACAAAGAACAUUACAGCGCACGUACAGUGCGCCGAGGGAUCAUUUUCUUGGCCAGACUGGGAAUAACACAUCCGAAACAACGGAGCCGGAGAUCAAUUCUCGCCUCGAAUCUCUGUGUUUAAGAAUGACAGAACAAGCAAUCGGUGGCUUCGGUGAGGCCUAACGAAUUCUUCGUUUCGUUGACUGGAUCUACGCAGUAAGUCCUGUUUGAGAAAGGAAAUUUUUAAUCAAGUGAUAUAUAGAUAUAUGUGUGUCCGAGCUCCGUUUUUUCAAAGCCGAAGGCAAGACUGACUCCCAUAGAUCUUGCAAUUAAAGAGACCGACAGCGAUGAUAGUGCUGCUGACAGUUGCGCGUACUCGACGCGCACACAUUCACGCUUUAAUAGCCCUACCAAAUGAACAAAAAAAAAAGAAAAAAUGUCCAACAUUUAAAGGGACAUUAUCGAGGACACUCAGUUUGCGACGUCUGAACGACUCGUGAGAAUUUAAACAAAAACAAAAAUAAUAUUUUUUAUUAUACCCGAUGCAAUUAUACUAUUUAAUGAAACUGACAGAAUUUGGCAAGCCAAAUGCUAUUAGGAAGAUAGAUUCUUUCCUUGACUAUUUGCUGCAUCUAUAUAAAUGUAUUAUAUAAAGAAUAUAUAUGUAUACACAUAUGAUAGAAUUUUAUGGGAAGCGGAUUAAAUCGUAUAACAUAUAAUAUGAAAAAAAAAAUGGGGGACGAAAAAGGUACACCACAUUAUUGUGCGAUGUUUGCAAUAUUAUUUUUUUUUUUUCGUGUUAUCCAUUUCGGGAAAUGGAAUUUCGUCUGAUUUUACGCGCCAGGGACACAUACUAAUGUAAUGUAAUUCAUUUUAAUGAACUGACUGAUUUUACUCCUUUUUUAUCAUUAUUAGAAUUAUCUUUAUUAUUCUGCUCUUAUCGCCACCGCCGCUGUUGCUAUAUUACCAUUACGGUUUUCUGUAAUUGUCAUCGACAGCUUCGCCACCAUCAUCGUCAUCGUCGCCAUCGUCAUUACUUAUUCACCAUAUUAUUAUUAAUAUCAUUAUAGUUAACGCCAUUAAUUAUCGCUACGCAAUACCCUUUUUACCACUGCUACUGCAAUCUAUAUUUCUCCAACAUCCGACUAACACCAUUAUCCGUAUGCUUUUAUGCUGUUACUAUUUUUAUCCUCUGCCGUUACUAUUACCAUUCUAUCACUAAUGCUAUUACUAUUUCUACUACUCGACUACUAGUAGCGUCACUAUUACUAUUACAAGUACUGCUAUUACUACUAUUAUACUAUCUCCACUAUCACUGUAUUAUUACUGUAACUUUCCCUAGAGUGGAAGCAUACUUAAAAAGGAAGGGGGGAAAGAGGAAAAAGUUUGACAGUUCGUUACAUGCAUUAUAAAGAGGGAAAUGAAAACAAUACGGGAACGUGCGCGUUUUUUUUUUUUUUUUAAA